GGACAUGUGCGCGCAGCCCCGCGGCCGCAGCCAGCGCGGGAGUGCGGCGGGAGCGGGGCUGGCCCCGCGCUAUUGAGCCUCGUCCCGUUUUUCCGCCGAGGGAUGCUCCUGGCGUGAGGCGCGGAGGAUGGAAAUUGUCUGGGAGGUGCUUUUCCUGCUGCAAGCCAAUUUCAUCGUCUGCCUUUCAGCUCAACAGAAUUCACCAAAAAUCCAUGAAGGCUGGUGGGCAUAUAAGGAGGUGGUCCAGGGAAGCUUUGUUCCAGUUCCUUCCUUUUGGGGAUUGGUCAACUCAGCUUGGAAUCUUUGCUCGGUUGGGAAGAGACAGUCACCUGUCAAUAUAGAAACCAGCCAUAUGAUCUUUGAUCCCUUCCUCACUCCACUUCGCAUAAACACAGGAGGCAGAAAGGUCAGUGGUACAAUGUAUAACACAGGGAGACACGUUUCUCUACGAUUAGACAAAGAGCACUUGGUCAAUAUUUCUGGAGGGCCCAUGACAUACAGUCACCGCUUGGAAGAGAUCCGGUUACACUUUGGAAGUGAAGACAGCCAGGGAUCAGAGCACCUACUUAAUGGACAAGCUUUCUCUGGCGAGGUUCAACUAAUCCACUAUAACCAUGAGUUGUAUACAAAUAUCACAGAGGCUGCAAAGAGUCCAAAUGGCUUGGUGGUAGUUUCUAUAUUUAUGAAAGUAUCUGAAUCAUCAAAUCCUUUUCUAAAUCGUAUGCUAAACAGAGACACCAUAACAAGAAUAACGUAUAAAAAUGAUGCAUACUUACUGCAGGGACUCAAUAUUGAGGAACUUUAUCCAGAGACCUCUAGUUUCAUUACAUAUGAUGGGUCAAUGACCAUCCCACCCUGCUAUGAAACAGCAAGUUGGAUAAUAAUGAACAAACCUGUCUACAUAACAAGGAUGCAGAUGCAUUCUUUACGACUACUAAGCCAGAAUCAACCAUCACAGAUAUUUCUGAGCAUGAGUGACAAUUUCAGACCAGUCCAGCCUCUCAACAAUCGAUGUAUCCGAACUAAUAUCAACUUUAGUUUACAGGGAAAAGAUUGCCCAAACAAUAGAGCACAGAAACUUCAGUAUAGAGGUAUGUUUUACAUACAGCAAUCUCAAUAAUAUUUUCUGUGCCUA